GCGCUCUUGAAGCGCGGAGCUCACACGGGCGUGCGGCCGCGGCGGGACGGGCGGUGCAGCUGUGUGCGUGCGUGAAGAAAAACCAAAGGCAGAAAGUUUGACUGUGCGUGUGCAUGUCUCACGUGUGAGAGAGGAGUCUCACAAGCCAGCCGAGCAGCCAGAGAGACGUCCUGGUGUCCAAACGUCCAGCUGUCCUGAUGUCCACCAUGACGCUGCACCUGAGCCUCCUCCUGCUGGCUCUGACCGUGUUUGGCCAGGAGCUGCCGUCGAGCCCUCACAGCUGCACCGAGGGAAGCUGCUAUCCUGCGACAGGAAACCUUCUGAUUGGACGAGCUGCCAAUUUAACCGCCACCUCUACCUGCGGUCUGCAUGGACCGGAGCAGUAUUGUAUCGUCAGCCAUUUACAGGAGCCCGACAAAUGUUUCGAGUGCGACUCCCAGCAUCCCUACGACCCGUACCGCCACAGACACAGCCACCGCAUUCAAAACGUCAUCUACCUCAUGGACGGGAACGAAGACCACACCUGGUGGCAGUCAUUCAACGGUAAGGAGGACGUCAGCAUCAGGCUGAACCUGGAGGCUGAAUUUCACUUCACACAUCUCAUCAUGAAGUUCAAGACUUUCCGCCCCGCAGCGAUGAUCAUUGAGCGCUCGGCAGAUUUUGGCCGCACGUGGCGCCCCUACCGCUACUUUGCCUCCAACUGCACCAGAACUUUCCCCGGGAUCCCCGCCAACGGCUUGCACCAAAUAAACAACAUCAUCUGCGAGGAACGUUACUCCGACAUCGAGCCCUCGACUAACGGAGAGGUCAUUUUUAAAGUUCUGGACCCGGCCAUUCCUGUAGAAGACCCCUACAGCCUGGACAUUCAAGAACUUUUGCGCAUUACCAACCUGCGAAUUAACUUCACAAAGCUCAACACCCUGGGAGACGACCUGCUGGACCGUCGCUCAGACGUCCUGCAAAAAUAUUACUACGCCAUUUAUGAGCUGGUUGUCCGAGGGAGCUGCUUUUGUUAUGGACACGCUUCUGAGUGCGCCCCGGUGCCGGGGGUGAACACCCGGGAGAUCGGCAUGAUUCACGGCCGCUGCGUUUGCAAACACAACACUGAAGGACUGAACUGCGAGCGCUGCAAAGACUUCCACAACGACUCUCCCUGGAGACCAGCGGAGCCCGGAGAGCCACACACCUGCACAAAGUGCAACUGCAACGACCACUCGAGCCACUGCCACUUUGACUUGGCCGUGUAUUUGGCAACGGGCAACGCUAGCGGAGGAGUUUGCAACAACUGCCAGCACAAUACGAUGGGACGCAACUGUGAGAUGUGCAGACCGUUCUACUACCAAGACCCCAACAGGGACGUUAAGGACCCACAUGUUUGUGUUGCCUGUGACUGUGACCCGGUGGGAUCGUUAGAGGGGGGUGUCUGUGACAGCCACACUGACCUGAACAUGGGGAUGCUCAGUGGACAGUGUCGCUGCAAAGUAAAUGUAAAAGGCAUGCGCUGCGACAGCUGCAAGACGGGCUAUUACGGACUCAGCCAGAGCGACCCACUCGGCUGCCAGGCUUGUAAUUGUGAUCCUCGUGGCAUCAUUAUGACGGACGCUCCUUGUGAUCAGAUCAGCGGAGACUGCUCCUGUAAAAGAUACGUCACAGGUCGUCACUGCAACCAGUGUCUGCCUGAAUACUGGGGGAUCAGUAAUGACCUGGGGGGCUGUAGACCUUGUGACUGUGACUUUGGUGGAGCCCACAACAACAGGUGCAUGAUGGACAGUGGGCAGUGUGACUGCAGGAGGCAUUUGAUUGGUCGACAGUGCUCAGGGGUGCAGUCUGGGUAUUUCUGUGCUCCUCUUGACUUGUACAAGUACGAGGCUGAAGAUGCCACAGGACUCUCCCCCAGCGACUCCUCCCUGUCGGGCAAAGUCCGUCCUCAGGCAGCCGACGACUGCAUCCAGCAUCUCAAUAACCAGGCGAGGAGGCACCGGAGACACCGGCGCAUUUCCAGCUCGCAGCCGUACCAGGCAGCCCUGAGACGCAUCCGUCAGCUCCAACAAACACCGGAUGUGACGACAGUUCAUAGAGAGCGCGCUCCGGGCCACGUGGUGACAUGGACCGGACCUGGUUUUGCUCGCGUUAAAGACGGCGCCGGCCUGAUGUUCACUUUUGACAACAUCCCCAUCGCCAUGGAGUAUGACAUCAUGAUCCGCUAUGAACCUGAGUCCACGGAGGACUGGGAGGCCAUCGUUAGCAUUACCUCCGUUCAUCUGCCCUCAAGCAGCCGAUGUGGAAACCUGCUACCGACUGAGCAGCUCUACACUGAAACCAUGCUGCACCACAACAGAAUCGUUCACAUGUCCAGACCAUUCUGUUUCGAGCCCAGCAAUCGUUACGUGGUCACCAUCCGGUUCCAGCGACACGGCGUCGCACACCGACACCUAACUGCUUUUAUUCUCAUCGACUCGCUGGUACUGAUCCCUAAAUACACGGAGCUUACGGGUUUCCGCGGCAACGGGCCAGCGGCGGAGCAGCACCGGGACGAUAUGAUCCGCUACAUGUGCCUGGAUUCCUUCCUGAUCACACAGAUGCCCACUCUGGCCGAAAUGUGCACCAAACUCAUCUGCAGCAUCUCAUCCAUCAUUCACGAUGGCGCUCUGCCCUGUCAGUGUGACCCUCAGGGCUCCGUCAGCGGUGAGUGUGAGAAGGUCGGGGGUCAGUGUCUCUGUAAACCCAACGUCAUCGGGCGGCGCUGCGACCAGUGCGCUCCAGCAACCUACGGCUUUGAAGCAAACGGCUGCACGGCUUGUAAUUGCCACUCCGAGGGCUCUGUGAGUCACCAGUGUGACCCAGUCACAGGCCAGUGCCCGUGCAGACAAGGAGCCACCGGGCGCCAGUGCUCUGACUGCCAUCCGGGCCAGUGGGGCUUCCCCAGCUGCAGACCCUGUCAGUGCAACGGCCACGCAGAUAUCUGUGACUCCCAAACCGGGGAAUGCAGAGAGUGCAGGGACAGCACAGCAGGACACCUCUGUGAUCGUUGCAUGGAUGGGUUUUAUGGGAACCCAGUGCUUGGCUCAGGGGACCACUGUCGCCCCUGUCCUUGUCCUGGUAUCCCUGGUUCAAACCAUUUUAAUGGACAUUCCUGUCAGGCUGACCAAACCUCUGAUCAGAUCAUGUGCAACUGUAAACAAGGCUACACAGGUCUCCGCUGUGAUCAGUGUGCCCCUGGUUUCUAUGGCAACCCAGAGCGGCCAGGAGGGCUGUGUCUGCCAUGUGAGUGCAAUAACAACAUCGACCCCCAGGAUCCUGGAUCAUGUGACCCCAGGACAGGCCAGUGUCUGCGGUGUCUGUACCACACGGACGGCCCUUCCUGUUCCCACUGUGAACACGGGUAUUUUGGCAACGCCUUGUCCCAGGACUGCAGACGUUGCACCUGUGUGCCUUCUGGCACUGUGGAGUCCGCCUGCAGUGACGGACAGUGUCACUGCGACCGUCAGACUGGAGUCUGUCCUUGCAGAGAGAACGUGGUCGGCCAUGGCUGCGACCAGUGCGCUCCUGACUACUGGAAUUACGGGCAGGACAGAGGCUGCGAGCCCUGUCACUGUGAUCAUCACCACUCCCUGGGAACUCACUGCAACUUGUUCACAGGUCAGUGCCACUGUCACCCAGGAUUCGGAGGCCAACACUGCACAGAGUGCGAGCAGCUUCACUGGGGAGACCCGCAGGUGGAGUGUCGAGAGUGUAACUGCCACCCGCUGGGUUCAGAGACCGCCCAGUGUGACCGAGAAACGGGCCAAUGCGAGUGUCGGGAGGGCGCAGUGGGGAGGCACUGCGACCAGUGUGCACGUGGCUUCAUGGGCGUCUUCCCCAGCUGCGUCCAGUGUCACCCGUGCUUCCAGCUGUGGGACGACCACGUGUGCCAGCUCAGGAGGGACUUGGAGCACAUCCAGUACAUGGUGCAGAAGAUCCUGGAGAGCGGGAUCACGCCCGGAGCCGAGGACGCUCGCAUCAAGGAGCUGGAGAGGAAGCUGAGUCAGGUGCGGGAUUUGAUCAGUAGCGUGGACACGGACACGAUCCAGCAGCUGAUCGGACAGAGCGUCGACGACCUCAGUACUGAGAUUCUCCUCACCAACGGACGUCUAACGGACAUCAGCCAUGAGCUGAACUCCACUGCAGGACGGGAUGAAGACUUAAAACGUACCCUGAGUGAUUUAGAGAAAGAGCUGAGGGACAUUAAUGCUACUGUGGCUCACAAACAGCAGGUGCUGGAUGACCGUCUCACCUCGGGGUUUGCAGAUCAGUUUGAGAAAAUCAAGAAGUACUACCUGGACUCCAAGGUGUCUGAUGCGGACAGUAUUUUGGAACAGUCCAACCGUACCCGAGCACGCACCGAGAAGCUGCUGAAUGAGCGCGAAGACAAGUUCCUCCAGGUUCUGGCGACUCAGAACAGUUCAUUAAAUGAGCUGCACAAUAAAACUCAAGACCUUGAUAAGGAAGUUCAACGUCUCAGCAACAAGGUAUGUGGCGGUCACAACAAUGCCAGCGUCAAUGGCAGCUGCCCUGAAAGCCGGUGCGGGGGCGCAGGUUGCCGUGACAAUCAGGGUGAGCAUGUAUGCGGUGGAGAGGGCUGCAACGGGACGACGAGCACGUCUCUGGCAGCGCUCAACGUCGCCCAGAAUGCCUCAGACAAUCUGAACGCUGCCAACAAGGAGCUGCAGCGAGUCUCGAAGAAGCUCAAAGAUAUAGCUGCUCUGACGAAUGAUGUGAAGAAUCAGGCGAUGACCUCGCUGGAGAAGGCCCAGAAGAAGAAGGAGUACUUUGAAAACAACAACAAGAAUCUUAAAGAUUUCAUAAAGACUAUUAGAAACUUCCUUACUGAGGAGGGAGCUGAUCCCGACAGCAUCCAGAAGGUGGCAAGUCAAGUCAUGGAUAUCAAACUUCCCUUCAACUUGACGACUCUGAACAAAAUCAUCAUGCAGAUAAAGGAAAGUCUCUCCAACCUCACCAACGUAGAGGGCGUUGUUAAUCAGACCUCUCAUCUCAUCAAAAAUGCCCAGGAGCUGCUUGAAAAAGCGAAAGAAGCCAAGAGCCGAGCAGUGUCGGUGAAUGAUCGUGUCAAUAGCACCAAGCAGGCACUGAAUGUGUCAGAGGAGGCCAUAGUGAAAGCAAGGAUUGCUCUGAAGGAGGCCCAUGACAACCUGAACAUCUCAAAGAAUGCCACAGCUGAGGUGGAAUGGACACUGCAGCAGCUUGAGGACAAGCAGAUGGACAUCAUGAUGCGUUUGAGCAACCUCUCCGUGGGGGUGGAGGCUCUCAGGAACAAGACAGAGAUGAACAGGCAAAUGGCGAAAGACGCCCUAGACCUGGCUAAUAACGCCACUCACCAAGCAUCCUCACUGGGCAAGAGCUUCAACAACACAGAGAAACGUUUCGAGGAGCUGAAGAUAAAGAUUGCAUCUCUGGGGCCGGAGUCUGGAACACUGGAGAACAUCCACCAAAGGGCCAGAAAUAUGAAGAAGGAUGCAGAGGAUCUCCUGAACAAAGCCAAGAACGGGAUAAAGCUACUCAAAGAUUUGGAGCAAAAGUUCAAGAAUAAUGAGGACCGGAUGCAGAAACAGCGCAUUGAGCUGGACGGCCUGCAAUAUAACGCCACUCUGGUGCGAGACUCGAUCCGAGGAGAGCUGCAGAAGUACACCAACUGUUAGUGACCAUGUUACAUUUCACUCUACUG